AUACCUUUUGCAGUGUGUGCAGUAUAUGAGAGGUGGUUUGGUACUGUUGUUAUUCAGCCGACUUUGUUUUCUUGGAGGCUCUUCUCUCCUCAUGAUCAUCAAACCAGUUUCAGAGAUGCCCACCCAGAUUGCAUCUCUCAUUGAACUAAUAUCCAAAAUUAUCACUACUGUCCUUGUACUAAUAAAAGCAAUUCAUUAUGACUGUGAGAAUGCUGGUUUGCAGACUAAGUUUACUGCUUUGACAGGGACUGCAAUGGUUACAGGCCUGAUGCACACCAUCACAAUUUUCCUUCACCGUGGACCAAGCCAUGAAUUAAGAACAUGUUGGAUUGGUUCUCUCAUAAUAGUUGACAUACUGAAUACACUCAUUACAUCCAUCUCUAUAUUUUAUGGGUUAUGGUGGUUUGUAGAGCGCUGGAUGCCAAUAUUAAUGGGAGUUUAUAUUUUUUUGGAGUUCAUCCUUUACCUGGGAGCAGUUUGCUUUCAACAGAUGGAAAAAUGCAAGACAGAAAGAGACAGACAAAAUAUUACUGUUCUGGAAAAUAGGAAAAUCUCAUGGCGGUUCAUGUUUGCCAUUUGUUUAGUGUUUUAUGUAAUGUUUACAGUUGCACUUAUUGUUGGAGUGUCCUCACAUGUAAUGAAAAAAUGUUGAAAGAACUUCUGCAAGAUUCUUUGGUUGGCGGAUGUUUUCAGAAGAGUUUCAAGUUUUUUUCUAUAGUAUUUUCUUCCAGGGUUCCCGUGGGUCAUGGGAUUUGUGGAAUGUUGUGAAAUAGGAGGCAUAUUACAGACAUUAGAACUAGUUAGACAUUAGUUUUGAAUUUUACUUACCUUUUAUCAAACUUUUCUAUCAUUAGAUUAGAUUAGAUUCAGAUUAGUGCUUCCUUAAAUUAUUUUGCUGCAACUUUUCUCAAUUUGCAUCAGUAUUUGCAGCAUAUCUUGUGUAGUUUAACAAUCAAAAAUACACAAAUUUAGUAUUAAAUACUUAGUUCGUCAUUACUUUGUUUACCUCAGGAACCACUGGUCUCUGUAUUUAUUAAAAGGGAACACUAAGCGAUACAAAGAGAGAAAAUGUUUACCUCUUAACUAUAUAGAAUGUAAAUAAACAGUGCUGUAAAAUGUCUUCAACAAGAGCAUAUUAAACUUUCAAAUUUUAGCGAAUGAUCCAAUUAACAUAGCCUUGGUCAAAUAGGCUUUUGCUAAAUGCAGAUUGCAGUAAUGUCACAAUGAGUCUAAAGCGGGUCACAAGCCUAAGAAAAAGUGCAGCGCUGUACUAUGUAUUUAACAAUGUGAGUAUAAUGUUAUUUAGGAUAAAACAAUCCAGAUGGUGCGAAAGGAAUUUGAACAGUGUCCUGGCUGCUUAAAAAUAGCAGGAAAUCUGUCGCAAUCAAAUUGCUAUCUCCUCUAGAUUUUGCACCAUUUGCUUGAUUUUGUGUUAUUUUCAGUGAUCGUAGAAUCACAAAAUUCUGGAGAGACUCCCCUACAGCACAUCCACCUGUUUAAUAUAGGUCAUGGAAAUUAAGCUUUUUAGUCAGUUGAAGUCAGGACAUUUGACAUUUGGCUUAGUGUUGGAACCCUGUGCUACAUUAGUGUGCAUGUAAUUUUAUAAGGACCUGCCUAGCCUUUGCACAUGAUUCAAUUUACUGCUCAAUAUUCUUUUGUUUACAAUUAUCUGUUAAAUUAUGCAUAGAUAUUUAUAUUAUUAUAUUUUUUGCAAUCAGACUAAAGGAGUACUUUGAUAAAACUUUUUUUUAAAGAUUUUUAAAAUACAUCCUGAAAUGAAAAACAACUUUACGAAAAGUGAUGACGUUUUUGAAUGUUGCUGUCGAAAAAAAGGUCAUGUAAUGUUAUGAGUCCAAUUAGCUUUAAAGUGUCAACACGUCUGCAGCACUCAAAUGAAGUGCAGAGGUUUCAAUACGAAACAAUUUGUGUUAAAUAAAGACAUGCCAAUAAAAAUUACAUUUGGUUUCUGGGA